GGGAGAGCCUAGGUGAGAGUAGCGUCUGCUGCCACCCGCUCCCCAGGUGCAUGCACCUCCCCCUACCUGUCCACCUCCUCCCUCCCCUCCCCUCCCCUCCCCUCCCGGCUCCCGCACGCUAUAAACUGUAGCUGCCGCGGCGCCUGCUUCUCCCCGAUGCGUCAAACACUUGACCUGCACACGGACAGCGGCGGUGGCGUCCCGAUCCUGUCCACCCACCCAUCUAAUGCGGCCGCGAGGAGGAUCCACCUGAUUCUGCUGCUCCUGCUCCUCCUUCUAGUGAGUUCUAUUCCCGUCCCCCUCCCUACCCGCUGCGCGCUGCUAGGAUCUUCGCCUGCGAAAAUUUUCGGUUCAGUCGUCAGGAGGUCGAGAGACCAUGACACGGAAGUCAGCAGUAGCGGAUUAUGUUUAGUGGCACAAGGAUCAUUCGUGUAGCUGAAAGGAUUUGCCUUCAAUGGAGCUUGAAGCUGCUCCUGACGAUAAAGUAUUCUGUUCAGAUGAUGAGAUGCAGACGCUGUGGCCUCUGGGACAAGUAGACCCAAAGAGCGUGAGGUUCCCUUGCUGCAUCGUGUGGACUCCUCUCCCAGUAGUUUCAUGGCUGGCUCCCUACAUAGGGCACGUGGGGAUUGCUCGGGAGGAUGGAACCGUCUUGGACUUUGCAGGUUCGAAUUUAGUGAGUGUGGAUGAUCUGGCUUAUGGUUCUGUCGCCAGAUGCCUGCAGCUUGACAGGGCAAAGUGCUGCUUCCCUGCCAACCCGGCGUCGCACGUGUGCUUGAGGUCCCACGAGCACUCGGAUGCCGGGACGGCGAUCUCGUGGGACGACGCGCUGCGGUCGGGGAGCCGGCGCUUCGAGCACAAGUGCUACAACCUCUUCACCUGCAACAGCCACUCGUUCGUGGCCGACUGCCUCAACCGGCUGGCUUACGGCGGCUCCGUUGGGUGGAACGUGCUGAACCUGGCCGCGCUCGUCUGGCUGCGCGGCCGGUGGCUGGACCCCAUGGCCGCCGUCCGGUCCUUCCUCCCGUUCGCCGUCGUCUCCUGCGUCGGCGUCCUGAUGGCCGGCUGGUCCUUCCUCCUGGGCAUGACCGCGUUCACGCUGCUCUUGCUCGGCUGGUUCGUGCUCGGCGUCUACUGCAUGAAGGGCCUCGUCGUCUGACGCACGCUGGCUCGGAGCCGAACGUGUGCCCAGCUUCUUCACUGAGCAUCGGGGUCAUGUAGUAGAUGAAUGAAGGAUCGAAAUCUUGAAAGGGGUGUGAGUCGGAGGGGAGAGACAACGGGAAAACAAAAUUUGAGCCCGUUUUUAAUAGCGGAAACCCAAAUCCAGAUAUUUAUAAAAUCGAAGUUUCUAUUUGAAACAAAGUAGAAGUACAAGAUAAAAGGAAGGAGGGGGAAAUAGCACAAAAACAAAAUUGGGCUAGAGUCUUAGAACCGUUGGAGGCCGAAACUCACGCCCUCCUUGCUGCGAAGCUGUCGAUCUGCAGAAUGCAGCUCUGUUAACUGACAGUCUCCUGUUACGAGGCAAUCAGAGGCUUUUUCUAGACUGGACCUCGCCAUAUCCACCAUAUAGAUAUAGGAGGUACCAGAAGGGGGUGUUCUAUAUAGCAAGCUGUAGCUGAACUCAUUGGAUUAGACAUAUCAGGGCGAUCAAUCCAAUAGCA